UCCAGGACCAAGCGGAAGGCGACCAGGAGCACGAGGCUGAGGUGGACGAACGCAGAAAUUCCCUACAUGUUUACCAAGGGGGAUUUUGGUAAAUGAUGAAAAGGAGUACAACGUCUUUUGACAGACCUGCCCCACACACCCAAAAUGCCUGCUUUAAUUGUUUCGAUUUCGUGUCAUUUGUUUUGUUUUUUUUGUUUUUUAAAUGUUAUCAUCUUAAGGAUUCACAAUGACAGACAAAAGAACCAAAUAGGGACAAGAAACAACAACAACAAAAAAAAAAAAAGGGAAAAAGAAUAAUUGAAUGAACACAACUUGAAAUAAAUUUUACCUCUUAAUUUUUAUGCAAAAACAAUNGUACAACGUCUUUUGACAGACCUGCCCCACACACCCAAAAUGCCUGCUUUAAUUGUUUCGAUUUCGUGUCAUUUGUUUUGUUUUUUUUGUUUUUUAAAUGUUAUCAUCUUAAGGAUUCACAAUGACAGACAAAAGAACCAAAUAGGGACAAGAAACAACAACAACAAAAAAAAAAAAAGGGUAAAAGUAUAAUUGAAUGAACACAACUUGACAUAAAUUUUCCCUCUUAAUUUUGACGCAAAAACAAUUUUUUUCCCUGAGGAGCGAGGUGUAUACGGAUAUUGGAAGGGGGGAACGGGACAGAAAUACAUUUGUAUUUUGGUUUAAAAUCGUAUUUUCGUACUAAUUUAUGAUGUUAAAGAAAAUUUAAAAAAAUUAUUCCAUUACAUUUGAUGGUCAUUUUAGCCUAGAGUUUAUUUCUUUCAUACCAUAGACGACAAGGAGCAGUAUAUGAUAAAGAGAGCCAUGACCGAAUGGGAGAGGUACACUUGUGUCAAAUUUAGACCCGCUGUCACCGAGGAUAAAAAUAGUGUCCGUUUUCAAAAUGGCGGGGGGUGAGUACUGACGUCAUUCCCUGGCAGGGAUUCUCAACGUGGUGAGCUUGCACUCACUUGUGUGAGCGGUGGUUCUUUUUUUUUUUUUGGGGGGGCGGGGGUGUGGGGAGCGAGGAUUAUAAGAAAGAUUUUAAAUGAUGUUAAGAUCAUAGGAAGCAUCGUGCAUUUUUAUUACAUUGUGAAAUGCAUUGUUACUACAGAUCUGUUACAUUCCUUUUGCUGUCCUCUUGCUGCUGUUGCUGUUUUCUUGCUGCUGUUGCUGUCCUCUUGCUGCAGUCCUUUUGCCGUACUCUCGCAUUCAACAUAAAAGCUAAGUUUAUAUUUCUGUGUAACGCUUUGUUUGUGGUGCUCGCCAAUGACGGCCACCUGCCGACACGUUCGUUGUUUUGUUGCUUCCUUUUUUUUUCAGGUUUUCUACAUAUUUCCUCUUAACUAAACCUGAUCGCAUUCUCUCCUCUUCCCCCUUAUUAUAUUUGCUACUAUUGUUAGGAGACUUUGUUCAACAAAUGUAAUAGGCAUAGAAUAAAGAUAAAAAUAAAAGUUCCAGAGAACUCCAUAAAUUGUCACUUUUACAGUAUUCAAAAUAGUUGGGGGGGGGGGGGGGCUUGGACCCUAAUACGAUGUCACUUUUACAGUUUUAAAAUUUAGGGGUGGGGGAGGGGGGACACCCUCAUACACUGUCACUUUGAUAGUUUUCAAAAUAGUUUAUUUCAACAUAAUAAACAGAAAAUAAGAGCCUGCAUAAGGUUCCAUCUACCAUUGCAUCUGUGCAUUUGUUCAUUGCCACAUCCAUAUUUAAGCAUCCAUUCUAUCCGUAUCCUGUCUUCCACUCAUCCGAUGGUGGCAAAACAUCGAUACCGUGUGUUCGCCUUGAGACUCACGGAAAGCGCACUUUUGCAUUUGCUGGCCAAACAAUUUGGAACGCUCUUCCAGUCGCUCUCAGAAACAGCAAGACACUGGAGUCCUUUAAAACCGAUUUAAAAACACAUCUAUUUCGCAAAAACCUUCUGGGGUGAUGCUAUCUACCAUCUUUUUUCCAGUUAAUGUAUAUUGCCUUGUGUUGCUUAUGGUUGAAAUGGGAUGAAAGACUUUGACUGGGUAUGCUCGUAUGGAGUUUUAUAUUGUUGCGUCUGUUUUUAAAUGUGGUAAAUUUUAUAUUUUUAAAAUUUCUCUUUUUAAUAUGGUUGACAUUGUACCGCGCUUCGAGCUUUUGUGGAUAAAGCAUGUUUUUGAAAUAAACUUUAUCAUUAAUAUUAUUAUAUAAAUCUUUCACUUGGGUUGAACUAUCAUAUUAUAAACUCUUGAAAAAAAAAACCCACCAAGUUUUCUGGGGAUUAAACGAUCCUUUGUUCCACGAGAGACCCAUAUUCCAAUCCACCCAUUGCUCCCUCCGCAGUUGUAACUCCCAGCUCGGCAUGGUUGGAAGGGUCCAGACAUUGAAUCUUAUGGCGCCUGGCUGUAGAUUUGUAAGUACAUCUUGUCGCAAUCACCUUGAUAACCCAUCCUUAGUCUUUUUAUAAGGCUCGAGGAUGUAUAUACAGCUUUGUAAUUUUAUCUUGUGGCAAUCACCCUGAUAAUCUUCAGGCAAUCGCCAAGAUCACCCACCAUUAGACUAUUUAGAACGGAAACCUUGUUCUUAUCAACCACUCAAUUUCAGGGUUUUUGUUUUUAAAGAAAAAAAUUCCCAGAUCUUCAGUUAUGAAGACAACUAAAAUUUUGUUGCGCUACACUUCAUACGAUUUAAUAAUACAUACAAAUUUAUUAUUAGACAUCAGAUACCGAGGUCAAAAUAAUCAAUACUACCAGUAGUCAAAUGUCUGGACAACACUACUAGUGUUGAAAAGUCUGAACAAAGCUAACAGUAGUCAAGUAUCUGUACAAAACUACCAGUAGCCGAAUGUCUGGAUAACUUUACCAGUGAUCAAAUGUCUGGACAAAAUUACAGUGGUCAAAUGUCUGGACAACACUACCAGUGGUCAAAUGACUGGACAACAAUACCAGUAGUAAAAUGUCUGGACAACAAUACCACUGGUCAAAUGUCUGGUCAACAUUAUCAGAAGUCAAUGUCUUGACAACAAUACACGUGGUCAAAUUUCUGGACAAAACUACCAGUGGUCAAAUGUUUGGACAACAAUGCCAUGAGUCAAAUGUCUGGACAACCAUACCAGUAAUAAAAAAUCUGGACAACACUACCAGUGGUCAAAUGUGUGGACAAUCCUACCAGUGGUCAAAUGUCUGGACAACCAUACCAGUUGUUAAAUGUCUGGACAACCCUACCAGUAGUCAAAAGUCUGGACAACAUUACCAGUGGUCAAAUGUCUGGACAACCCUACAGGUGGUCAAAUGCCUGGACAUCACUAAAAAUGAUCAAAUGUCUAGACAACCCUACCAGAGGUCAAAAGUCUGAGCAACACUACCUGUGUUAUAAUGCCUGGAUAACACUACCAGUGGUCAAAUGUCUGGACAAAACUACCAGUGGUCAACUUUCUGGACAACAUUACAAGUGGUCAACUUUCUGGACAACAUUACCAGUGAUCAAACAUCUGUGUAAACCUACCGAUGGUCAAUAGACUAGAAAACCCAAUCAGUGAUGAAAUGUCUGGAAAAAAAUACACGUGGUCACAUGCCUGGACAACACUACAAGUGGUUAAAAGUAUGGAAAACCCUACCAUUGGUCAAAUGUCUAAAUAAAACUUCCAGUGGUCAAAUGUCUGGACAACACUACCAGUGGUCAAAUGACUGGACAACACUACCACUGUCAAAUAUCUGGACAACAGUACGAGUGGUUAAAGUCUGGACAACACUACCAGUGUUCAAAUGUCUUGACAAAUGUACCAGUGGUCAAAUGUCUGGACAACAGUAUCAGUGGUCAAAUGUCUGGACAACAGUACCAGUGGACAAAUGUCUGGACAAAACUGCCAGUUGUCAAAUGUAUUGACAAUCCAACCAGUAAUCAAAUGUCUGGACAACAGUACCAGUGAUCAAAUGACUGGUACAACAGUACCAGUUGUCAAAUUGUCUUGACAACAGUACCAGUCAUCAAAUUUCUGGACAAUCCUACCAGUUGUCAAAUGUCUGGGCAACACGACCAGUGUUUAAAAGUCUGGACAACUGUACCAGUUGUCAAUUGUCUGGACAACCCUGCAAGUGGUCAAUAUGUGGGCAACCCUACCAGUUGUCAAAUGUCUGUGUAACUCUACCAGUGAUCAAAUGUCUGUACAACCUUACAAGUUGUUAAAUGUCUGGAAACCCUACCAGUGCUAAAAGGUCUGGACAACACCUCCAGGGUUCAAAUGUCUAGACAACGCUACCAGGGAUCAAAUGUCUGGAAAACACUGCCAUUAGUUAAAUUUCUGGACAACACUACCAUUGGUCACAUGUCUGGAAACACUAUCAGUGGUCACUUGGCUCCGACAUUCCUACCAGCGGUCAAAUGUUUGGACAACAUCAUCAGUGGUCAAAUUUGUGGAAAACCCUUCCUGUUGUGAAAUGUCUGGACAACAUUUCUAGUGGUCUAAUGACAGGAAAACCCUACAAGCGGUCCAGUAUCUGGAUAACACUACCAUUGGUCAAAUGUCUGGACAACCCUACCAGUGAUCAAAUGUCUGGAAAACCCUACCAGUGGUAAAAUUUCUGGACACCUCUAGCAGCGGUCACAUGUGUAGACAACCCUACCAAUUGUCAAAUGUCUGGACAACAGUACCAGUGGUCAAAUGACUGGACAACAGUACCAGUGAUCAAAUGUUUGUACAACAGUACCAUUGGUCAAAUGUCUGGACAACGCCACCAGUGGUCAAACGUCUGGAAAACCCCACCAGUGGUCAAACGUCUGGAAAGCACGACCAGUGAGCAAAUGUCUGGAAAACCCUGCCAGUUGUCAAAUGUCUGGACAACACCUGCAAACUUAACAUGUCUGUGCAACCCUACCAGUUGUCAAAUGUCUGUAGAACACUACCAGUGGAGUUGUCAAAUGUCUGGACAACACCUGCAAACUUAACAUGUCUGUGCAACCCUACCAGUUGUCAAAUGUCUGUAGAACACUACCAGUGGAGUUGUCAAAUGUCUGGGCAACCCUACCCACACCAAACCCGUAACUCCAACACACAUUUAUACUUGAUAAGGAAAUUUUUAACUAGUGUCGAGAUUUGCCCUCUUUCCAAAGCCAGUGGACCAUCCGGCGACACCCUAACUAAAAAUAUCAUCUCCUACACAAUGUUCUUGUACACAUUAAAUGGAGAACUAACAAAAAGGAUCUUUCUAAGUACAUGAGCUUCAUUUCAAUACUUAAGUAACUAUGACACAACCGAAACUGACAGCAAGAGAGUUGAUUUUUCUAGCUAUUGCACAACUUACACUGAGAGCAAGAGAUGGUGACAGCUCUAACUAUGACACAACUGAAACUAACAGCAAGAAAGGGUGAUUGCUCUUACUCUGACACAACUGAAACUGACAGCAAGAGAUGGUCAUUGCUCUAACUAUGUCACAACUUAAACUGCAUGCAAGAGAUGGUGAUUGUUCUAGCUAUGGCACAACUGAAACUGGCAGAAGGGGAGGGUGAUUGCUCUAGCUAUUGCAAACUUACACUGAGAGGAAGAGAUGGUGAUUGCCCCAACUAUGACACAACUGAAACUGACAGCAAGAGAUGGUAAUUGCUUUAACUAGAACACAAUUGAAACUGACAGCAAGAAAGGGUGAUUGCACUAACUAUGACACAACUGAAACUAACAGCAAGGAAGGAUGAUUGUUAUAUGACACAAUUGACACUAACAGCAAGGAAGGGUGAUUGUUCUAUGACACAAUUGACACUGACAGCAAGGGAGGUUGAUUACUCUAUGUCACAAUAGACACUGACAGCAAGGGAGGAUGAUUGCUCUAUGACACAAUGGACACUGACAGAAAGGGAGGUUGAUUGCUCUAUUACAGAACUGACACUGACAAGAUAAUGUGAUCCCUCUAACUAUGACACUAAGACGUUUAAUUCUAACAUAUAAAUAUAUUUUUAGAGUAAUUUUAUUAGAAUUUGAUCUUAUCUUAAAUUCUAUGUUCUUGCAUUCACUUUUAAAAAUUAAAAUUUAUGAUUAUAAAAAAAAAAAAAUGAAAUUGCAUUGAAUCGGAACGGGUCCAAAACAUUGAUCUAAAAUCGAAUCUUAUACAUUCAAUAUUUUUCUGGAAAAGUGUAAGCAUUAAGUCAUCGUAAGUGGAAUGUUUAAUGAUGGUGAUCAACUUCACGUUCAAACAUUGUCUGAGUUCACCAACUUGCGGUGGCUGGGCAGGGCAUUGACCGUAUCCGUCACACCAGGAUGAGAUUAAACGGGAUAUUUAAGUAGACACAAAGUAUUCGUUCAAUCUGAAUUUCGUUUUUUUUUUUUUUUAAGCUAUUGAAAUUAUUGUUUAAAAAGUUUUUGAAAUGAAAAAAAGUAAAUGAAAAUAAUAAGAUUAUUUGAAGCAAAUAUUGUUGUUGUUGUUAACGCACUUACACUAUGUACGUCAAUUGGGCCCUGCAACCACUGCGGCCGCAGUGGGGCUCGAAUAUUUAAAGAGCUAAAGUUGUGAUGUGUAUUAAAAAUGUGCGGUAUACAUAACCGAAAAGGGGCAAGGGGGAGGGGGGCCUCCAAUAGGUACACAAUGACUGUCCUGACUCACAAUUAUAUUCACAUAUACAAACACACACAUAUAGACACUGUGAGCGCAGUAGAGUUGUGACUGAAAUGUCUGGACUUUCAGAAAGGGCUCUACCUCCAUGAAAUCGGCCACGCCCUCGGCCUGGUGCACGAGCACCAGCUCCCAGACCGAGACAAGUACAUCGAGAUCCUGUACUACAACGUGGCGCCUCAAAUGAGGGCCUGGUUCAACAAGUACACCACACGGGAAGUCGACCAGAUGAACGUGCCGUAUGAAUAUUCAUCUGUGAUGCAUUACGGGAUUACGGUAAGUUAUGCCUGGAUUAUCUAAUGGUUACCCCCAACACCCCCCCCCCCCAAAUUACUUUGUAGACACCCCAAGAGUUCGGGGGUGGGGUUUCUAGUGUGAGAGCCACUGGUCUAGUCAUAGUCUCGAUGAUGUAUAUAGAUCUUCACGUAAAAUCGGUUUCAGUUUAAAAUAAUCACCGGAACCAGGACAUCGACUAUAUAAAAACUAAAACGUCACUUUAAGAAGAUGUGUAAAGUGUUAUGAUUUUCCUAGUGUUAAAUGUAAUCAUGGUGGAGACAGAGUGAUGGCAAUGGUGAAGGUAAUGUUGACAAUGAAAAUCAUUAAUGUGGAGGGGGCUGAUUAUUCUGGUGGUAAUUUUGGGGGUGAUAACUGUGGGGUCAAUGAUUGGUUGUGGUGAUUGUAGGGGGGUGAUUUUGAGUCGAUGAUUGUGGGGGUCGAUGAUUGUUGGGGUGAUGAUUGAGGGGUUAGUGAUUGUGGAGUUGAUGAUCGAAGAAUUGAUGAUUGUGAAGGCCUUCCAUCCCACAGUGCAUGAUACCCUCACAAAGUAGCCCUUGCAACCAGUGACAUAUCCUCAUCAAAACCAGGCACAGAAACAUUGUAAAUCCCCUCUACAUGCAUAGGAGCCAGAAUGAUCAAUACAUUGAUCGUGAGCCCUUUUUUAAAGAAGAAGAAGAAGAAGGCGAUUGUGGAGUUGAUGAUCGAAGAAAUGAGGAUUGUGAAGGUGAUUGUGGAGUUGAUGAUCGAAGAAAUGAGGAUUGUGAAGGUGAUUGUGGAGUUGAUGAUCGAAGAAAUGAGGAUUGUGAAGGUGAUUGUGGAGUUGAUGAUCGAUGAAUUGAGGAUUGUGAAGGUGAUUGCGGAGUUAGGGUGGUGAUAUUUCAACGUUGUUUCUGCAGGCCUUUGCAAAAGAUGGUAACAGCCAGACCAUCCGGGCAUUUGACCGCUCCAAGGAGGACAGUAUUGGCAAAGUGUACCUAAAAGAGCUGUCGUACUCAGAUGUACUUGUGACUAACCUCAUGUACAACUGUUCAGGUUGGUUCUAUCUCAAGCACAGCCAUCGUCCAUUCUUUUACUUAUAUCUAUUUAUAGAAACAUAGGGAUUCGCCGUACCCCAGUUUUCAGUUCAAUAUAAUAGCAAACAAUCUCACUUGUUUGUUGCCUGAGACACAAGAUAAGUGACUGGUCAAAGGUCGAACAUCAUGUACAAAAAAAAAAUUUAAAAAAUUAGGGAGGGAUUUGUCUCUGGUUUAGAGAGUACUUGAUUAUGAGGUGGGCUAAGAGUUAUCCAAGUGAGGACACGCUCAUAUUUAUAGAAUCUCUAAAAAGAGGACCGAGAGACUGGCUGAUCCCAUUAAUUAUAUUUCACCUACAAGUCAUUUAUGUUAAUUUAUAUGUGGGGGGGGGUAAGAGGAGGGUGGGAGAAGGUCAUGGGAAAAUGUGGGGGGGGUGAAGGUCAUGGGAAAAUGUGGGGGGGGGGCGGCAUUAUGAACAACCCCUGGUCAUAGUUGAUUUAUACACAAAUAUAAAAACUCCUAUAAUUAUAAAUAGAGAAAGAGAGAGAGAGAGAGAGAGAGGGGGGGGGGGAAAGAGAGAGAGAGAGAGGGGGAAAGAGAGAGGGAGAGCGAGCGAGAGAGAGAGAGAUAGAGAGAGAUAAAGAGAGAGAGAGAGAGAAAGAGAGAGUGAGUGAGAGAGAGGGAAAGAGAGAGAGAGAGAGAGAGAGAGGGAAAGAGAGAGAGAGAGGGAGAGCCUGCGAGAGAGAGAGAGAGAGAGAGGGAAAGAGAGAUAGAGAGAGUAAUUCACACUAGCACUAUAAAUGUACCGGUAUGUAAUUUCAAACACCAGACAUAAGCAUAUAUAUGUAUAUUAAUAAAAGUCCCCCAUUGGUUGAUGUUUACAGACCAUUGUCCAGACAAAAACAAGUGUGGGCCCAAAGGACACGUGGACCAGAACUGCAACUGUAUCUGUGCUGAUGGUAGCAAGGAUUGUGACAGAACAAGAUCAAAUAAAGAUGGUUGGUGAUCAUGAUGGGGUAUCAAGUAUAGUUAAGUUUGCCAAAUGGCAAUGUGGCAUAUGUGUAGGAACAUACUAUCUAUCUAUCUACAUAGCUUGUACGUACGGUCUACAUGGCGAUGAACUACAAAGUGUGUACAUAGUGUCUACUUAGUGUGUACAUAUUGUCUCCAUAGUGUGUACAUAUUGUCUACAUAGUGUGUAUGUGGUAAAAAUGUCGUAAUUUGCAAAGCUAGGUGACGUUGCAAUCAGCUUAAUGGAGGAAUACAGCUAAGGAUAGUUGAUGUAUCUCUAAAAAAUGUCAGUAAAUUAUAUUUGUAAAGAAACACAAAUAUCAGCCAGAAUCAUGCAGGCCCUACCUAUAUUUCGUGAAUGUUGGUUGUGUGUGUGUGUGUGUUUUGGUGUGUGUGUGUGCGCGCAUAUUUUUUUCUGAUGGGGGUGGGGCCUAUUCAUUAAACUUAUUAUUACAUUUGCGAAACUAUUAUUAUUACAUUUGUGACACUAUUAUUAUUACAUUUGUGAAACUAUUAUUAUUUCAUUUGUGAAACUAUUAUUAUUACAUUUGUGACACUAUUAUUAUUACAUUUGUGACACUAUUAUUAUUUCAUUUGUGACACUAUUAUUAUCAUAUUUGUGACACUUUAUCAUUACAUUUGUGACACUAUUAUUAUUUCAUUUGUGACACUAUUAUUAUCACAUUUGUGACACUAUCAUUAUUACAUUUGUGACACUAUCAUUAUUACAUUUGGGAAACAAUAAGAACAUUGUUUUCAUUGGUUAAUUAUUAAUGGUGUCAAUUUGAGACUGACCGAAAGUGAUUUUCUGAUUUCGGCCGAAGCCGAAAAUAGGCCGUAAGUUUAAAAUGACUUUCGGCCGAAGCCGAAAAAAAGGCCGAAAGUUAAAGAUGACUUUCGGCCGAAACCGAAGCCGAAACCGAAAAAGAAAUAUUUAGAUAUUUUGAAAUUCGUUCCCGCAUACAUUCUGCAUUCAUCGAAAAUGAUGGGGGAAAGUAUAAAUAUUUACAUUCUUAUUAUAAAAAAAGAGAUAAUCGUGAAUAUUAAUAAAUAAACAUCUAAUAUAACAUCUUGUUGUUAAAGAUCGUUUUGUUUGUUCUUAAAGAUUGCUUAGUUUGUUGUUAAGUAUCGUUCAGUUUUUUGUUAAUGAUCGCUUUAUUUGUUCUUAAAGAUUGGUUCAUAUAGAUCGCUUAGUUUGUUGUUAAAAAUUAUUUAUAGUAUUUUAAAAAUCUCUUAGCUUGGUUUUACAGAUCGCUUAGUUUUUGUUUAAAGAUAUGUUAUUUUUUUCUUAAAGAUCAUUUAGUUUGUUCAAAAAAGAUCGCUAAGUUUUUCUUAAAGAUCGCUUAGUUUGUGUUACUAAACGAUCGUUUAGUUUGUUCAUAUAGAUCGCUUAGUCUGUACUUAAAGAUCAUUGUUUUUUUUCUUAAAUAUCACUUAGUUGUUCUUAAAGAUCAUUUAGUUUGUUUUUAUAGAUCUUUUAGUUUGUUAUUAAAAAUCGUUUAGUUUGUUGUUAAAGAUCACUUAUUUUGUUGUUGAAGAUCGCUUAGUUUUUUCAUAAAGUACAGAUCUCGUAGUUUGCUCUUAUAGAUAAUUGAUUUUUUCCCUUAAGAUCGAUUAGUUUGUUCUUAAAGAACUUUUAAUUUGUUCCUAAAGAACAUUUAGUUUUCUGUUAAAGAUCACUAAGUUUAUUCUUAUAAACCAUUUAGUUUACUAUUAAAGAUCAUUUGUUUUGUACUUAAAGAUCAUUUUGUUCAUUCUUAAAAAUCGCUUAGUUUGUUCUUUGAGAUCGUUUAGUUUUUUUUUAAUUAAAGAUAGCGUAGAUUGUUCUUAAAGAUCGCUUAGUUUGUUUAAAAUAUCGUUUAGUUUGUUCUUAAAUGUCGCUUAGUUUGUUGUAAAAUAUCGUUUAGUUUCUUCCCAAAGGUCGCUUAAUUUGUUUUUAAAGAUCGUUUAGUUUGUUCUUAAAUGUCGCUUAGUUUGUUGUAAAAUAUCGUUUAGUUUCUUCUCAAAGAUCGCUUAAUUUGUUCUUAAAGAUCGUUUAGUUUGUUCUUAAAUGUCGCCUAGUUUGUUGUUAAAUGUCGCUUUCGCUGAGUAUUAGAUGAACGAAAACCUCAGUCACUUUCGGCCGGAUGACUGAAAAUCAAAGUCAAUUUCGGUCGAAACCGAAAAAAACGAAAGUUAACUUUUCUCUUUCGGCCGAAACCGAACUUAAGCCGAAAGUUAACUUUCGGUUUCGGCCGAAACUGAAACUUGGCCGAAAGUGAUAAAAUGGCCACUUUCGGCGCCGAAGCCGAAGCCGUAAUUCGGUCGGUCUCUAGGGUCAAUAUUGUUGCAUUCAUGUUCCGCUUUAAAUGUUUCAAUUUUAGAGACAUAUAUAUUCUCCCCCCCCCCCUCUCCAGUGAAAUGUGUCAACAACUACAAUAGCUGGGCGUGCUACAUCUGGGCAAACCAGGGCGAGUGUGAGAGGAACCCUUUGUACAUGAAGGAAAACUGCAAGAAGGCGUGCGGCGUGUGUGGGGCCGAGCGUGCGCAACAGCAAGGUCAGUAGGGCGAAUCUUAGGUACUGGUACUGGAAGUAGAUGAUGUUAAAUGGAAGGUGAGACUGUUGGAGGAAUGGCUUGAAGGAUGGAUGGAAAAUUAAAAAGUGAUAAAUAAUAGACAGCCAGUAUACACUUAUCAAAAUGUAAAUACGCAUAUAUGAUAAAUGAAGGAUGACAACGAGGAGCUAGAGUUGGCGAUAAAGAUACGAUACGACGAUAAGUUAAAGAGAUGAAGGUGAAAAAAAAUUGAAGGAAGACAUUAUCGCUGAAAUGAAGAUUUUAUCACGCUAAAAGUCUUCCUUAUGUCGUAAGUAGAGUUCAAGAAUAAAGGAUUAGGCUAAACGCGGUGCUAUCUCUUCACAUUUACCAAAAAUCUUACUUCAUAAAACCGACUGAUGUGAAAGGGAGAGCACGUCCAUAAGCCCAGCUUUAAUUAAAAAUGAUAAAAAUGGAGUAAAAAAAUAUGAUUGGUUCAGGUUUCCAGGGUAAUGCUGACAUUUGCCUUGUGAUUGCCAGAUAUGAACUUCAUGCUAUGGCCGCGGCAGUGGUUUGCCAGGAUUACAAAAGUCAUACCAAAAAAAGUGGUCCAAUUUUGGUGAACCGGUUGUGGGUCUUGAUUAAGUGCCCAUUGGUUGUACUGGCAUUGAAGUAAUUUAUUUUGUUUUUAGUUGGCUUGCAAUAGAAACCUAGUCGUGGUUGAUUUGGCUUGCAAUGGCAUCCCUAGUUGUUAUUUCGCGUUAAAACGGAAACCUUACUGAAUCAUGUCCCCCUGUUUGCUCAGUUUUUUUAUUUUCUUUCUCUCUUUUGCUAAGUUAAUAAUACAACAAAGGAUUGAUUACAAUGUUCCAUGCAUGCAUGCCUUCUGUUAACCCGGUCACUCAAUGAGUCAGGUUAUCUCGACUAACAAGGUUUUCUUCUUCUUCUUCUUCUUCUACUACUACUACUACCACUACUACUACUACUACUAUUACUACUGCUGCUGCUGCUCCUGCUGCUGCUGCUGAUGAUGAUGAUGCUGGUGCUGCUUCUGCUGUAUAUUAAUACCUAUAUUAUAAUUAGUAGCAGUCAUUACAGAAGUAAGUUACAGUAUAGUAUAGGCUAUAGCUCUAAGCCUAAGUGAAGAUUAAAAGAACAAAAGGAUUUUGACUUAAAGUUAUGUUAUCUUAUGUACAUGGAUGUAAUUUUAUGACAGUGACAGGACACGACAGAAAUAAAUUUGGUCAAAUAACAUUCUUACAAUCCAGAGCAGUUAUCACUUUUGUGACCUUACAAUUACCAUUGCAUAAUGUGCCUCCUCCCCCCACCUUGGCAUUAUCUUUCUUUGUUUUAUCAUGAGAUCAACUACUAAUGAGUACAAGUUAUUCAUGUACACUAACAGGUGGGUGCAAAGAUGUGUUCUCCAGUGUCAAGUGUGCUGUGUGGAAGCAGAGGGGUGAUUGUUCUACCAAUGUUGGCUGGAUGAAGGCCAACUGCAGGUCCACAUGUGGGUUGUGUGGGGAUUCAGCCACUAGGCCUGAAGGUUAGUGCUCAGUUCAGACCAUCUUGGUUCUAUAGAAAGAGCUUUGUCUAUUUUGUAUAUAUUCCUCUCUGUAAGUAGUGGAAGAUAAAAGCAUUUCUAUCUAUAUUAUAGACAAUUUAAAGAAGACCAGGUUGUGAAGUAGAGGCAAAAGGUGGAGUUUAUCGGUUUGUUAGGGUUGGUAGUAGGAACAGGAGGUAUGUAGGAAUGUUUAGAGUUGGUUGGAAUGGUUUCGAAGUUAAGUAGGUGGUAUAGGAAGGUUGCAAAAUAAGUUUUCAAGGUUUGGAUAUUGUUAUGUGAUUGGGAGACAAACAAUUUUUAAUCUUACUAAAUUUUUAUAACAAUAAGGUCUAUUGCCUGACCAGUUGGUUAAUUUCAUUCCAUUGUAGAAAUGGAGACACGUGGGCAUUGAUGCGUAAUAAUCUUUUCAAGAUAGGUAGUUGUGCUUGUGACAAGUGGGAUAGAGAGCUGUGCUGAACACCAGGUUGUGCUUGUGAGAAGUGGGAUAGAGAGUUGUGCUAAACUACCAGGUUGUGUUUCUGAGAAGUGGGAUAGAGAGCUGUGCUCAACUACGAGGUUGUGGUUGUGAGAAGUGGGAUAUAGAGCUGUGCUAAACACCAGGUUGUGUUUGUGACAAGUGGGAUAGAGUGCUGUGCUAAACACCAGGUUGUGCUUGUGAGAAGUGGGAUAGAGAGCUGUGCUGAACACCAGGUUGUGCUUGUGACAAGUGGGAUAGAGAGCUGUGCUUGUGAGAAGUGGGAUAGAGAGCUGUGCUAAACACCAAAGUUGUGUUUGCUGUUGGGAUGGAAGUAGAGUUUACAAUGGAUAUUCUGAUUAUAAAUUUGUCUAUGGUUCUUUCACAAAAAAUGAUACUUUUUGUUGUUGCUCAUUUCAUUUGAGUUUAAAAAAAAAAAUACGUUUAAAUAAGAAAAUUUAACGAAAAUAAAAUAAAAGCCUAAGAUACACAGAGAUUAUUUCUUUACUAUUAAAGUGGAAUGGAACAAUAAAGACCUACUGAACUUGAACUGAAAACUUCUCAUAUAAUAAUAAGAAUUCCAACUCAGUUUAUAUUUUUUUGUAUAUAAAACAGUACUCGCUGUUGUACACAGAGAAGAUAUGAUAAACAUGCAGUUAAAUUAAAUUCAAUUCAAAUUAAGAUCUGAUUAAUUUACCAAGUAGAGUAUAGAAUAGAAUAGAAUAGAAUAGAAUAGCUCUAUUAUUGUUGGCAGUGGGAACACUCAGUAGCCAAGUUAGAUUCCUUUUAACUCCUACUCUCUCUCUCCCCCACAAAAAAGUGAACUGCCAGAACUCGUACAAAGACGAGCAGAAAUGUGACGACUGGGCCAAGGAUGGUGAGUGCAAGGUCAAUGCCAAAUGGAUGUUCAACAACUGCAGAAAGUCGUGCGCCAUGUGU